AUGUGCAGCAUCGUUGGUCUUUUCCUCAUCUGUGCAGUUUUAGUCCGUUGCCACGGGACGUGCAAACACCAUGUCCCGCUUCCAAAUGAGGUUGUCCAUUUUGUGCAUUUGAAGCCUGCUCAUGUCAUGAAAAGAAGCGCUGAUGACCAAUCUCUCAAGAUUAAAAUAAUAUACGACUACAGUGUGGAUGAGCUCCCUGCAGUCAAAAGAAGACUGGUGAAGGACAAGCUGUUUCCCCAGGCAAUUGACUACCUGCAGAAAGCAUUCUUUGUGAGGCACAGGGUCAGCCCGAUUCUUCUCAGCAGACAAUGUGCAACUAACCAGUAUCUGAAGAAGAGGGAUGAUCCUCAUCGCUACUGUCAGAAUGCCUGUGCAAAUAUCACUUAUUGUGGCCCAGUCAUUGUACCUCAACACCACUUGCAGCAAUGCAAGAUGUGCGUCGAGUCGGGGAAGUCCUGUGCUCCGUCAGGUUCCCCAGAUGGCCCAGGGGUCGAAGGGUUUGACUUUGUCCUCUAUGUCAGUGGGAUUGUAACAAAACGAUGUGGACUGGAGAACAUUGUGGCUUAUGCAGCUUACUGCCAGCUGGAGUCUGUACUAGACAGACCGAUAGCUGGUUAUGCCAACAUGUGUCCUGCCAUGAUCUCAUCAGAGCCUCAAGAGUUUGAAGGAAUGCUCUCCACUGUGAAACAUGAGAUCAUCCAUGCUCUGGGGUUUUCUGCAGGUCUGUUUGCUUUCUACCGGGAUGAUGAUGGCAAACCUUUGACUCCUCGCUUUUCCAGUGGCCUUCCUGCGUUUAAUGAGAGCCAGGGUCUGUAUCAGUGGAGUGAGGCAGUGAUCAAGCGUGUCAACAGACUAUGGGACAUUAGAGGAGGACAGAUGGUGCGACAUGAAGUUCAUGUCGUUGUGACUCCGCGGGUUGUGGAGGAGGUAAGAAAUCAUUUCAAGUGUCCAAUCUUAGAAGGAAUGGAGCUGGAGAACCAAGGGGGUCCUGGGACUGAACUCAAUCACUGGGAAAAGAGACUUUUAGAGAAUGAAGCCAUGACAGGCUCACACACACAAAAUAGGGUGUUUUCCCGAAUGACGCUGGCCAUCAUGGAGGACACCGGGUGGUACCGAGCUAACUAUAGCCUGGCCGAGACACUGAACUGGGGCCGUGGACUUGGCUGUGAUUUUGUCAUGAAGAGCUGCAAGUUCUGGAUGGACAGACAGAGACAGAGAAAGCAUGCUGGCAUGCCUUACUGUGACACAGUGCGAGCCUCUCCUUUGCAGCUAAUGUGCAGACAGGACCAACUUGCGGUGGCUGUCUGCAACUUGCAAAAAUACCCACAUGAGUUGCCACUGGAGUAUCAGUAUUUUGAACAGAUUCCAGAUGUGUCUGCUGACCAGCUGCCAUUUUUUGGUGGCGCAGUAGAGAUUGCUGACUUCUGUCCUUUUAGUCAGGAUUUUAGUUGGCACGUGAGUGGAGAGUAUCAGAGAAAUUCAAACUGCAGAGUGUCAGAGAAUCAACCAGAAUGGUGGAGGAAUUAUGCAGCAGAGUAUUAUGGGCCAAACUCAAUCUGUUUGUACCAGAAGUCAGCUUUUGUAAUGGAGCAGUGCACCAAGAAGAUAACUUAUCCUGACUGGGGCUCUGGAUGCUACAAGGUCUUAUGUUCAGCUCAGGGCCUGACAGUGCACAUUCAGGGACACACCUUCCUCUGUCUCUAUAAAGGUCAUCUCCUGAGUGUGAGUGUGCUUGUCAACGACUGGGUAUAUAACGGUGUACUGAUCUGCCCUGCUUGUACCGACUUCUGUGACGACUGUCCGGUCUUCGAGGAGAUCCCAACAAUGAAUACCUCCAGGAUUAAGACCAUUGAUCCAUGUUCCAAGGCUUCUGGUAGACCCGUGAAUUUCAGUCUCCAGUGGACCCUUAUUGCUGUGCUGCUCACCUGCCAUUUAAACUGA